UCACAUUUACUUGCAAUACAAGAACACAACUUUAAAUUCCCUUUCCACACAAAACUACCAACACAUUCAAAUUCAUAGAUAUUUAAUUAAUCAAGAUGGCGGCGGAAGGCGGGUGGCCAUUGAUCGGCCGUCUAAAGAGGGCGGUGAAGAAGAUAACAUUUCUACUGAAUCUAAACGUUAACAGAUGGAAACUGGCGUCGAUGAUCGGGCGUUCAUCGAGCAAGAGGAGGCUGAGUUUCAAUGAUAGGCCCGGUCUGAGGGCAUUUAUGGAAGAAUCCGAGCCGAAUAACUGUGAUCAACCGGGUUCUUCUUCAAGGGAACUUCAGAGGACAACAAGUUAUCCAUCAGAAGAUGAUAUUGAUAAGAGAGCAGACAAAUUUAUUGCAAAUUUUCAUAAGCAGCUUCAGCUCGAAAGACAAAUUUCAUUGGAAUUGAAGUACUAUAGAGGAAACAGUUUUGAUUCUGCUUCUCCAUGAUACAUAAUAGACGGCCGAGAUCAGUUCUUGAUCUGCUGCAAAUUUUGAAAACACUUUCUUGGAAAAGAAAGAUUGUUGUUUGUUUAUGAUUCAUGAAAACCCUGAAUACCCAAGUAGAAGAUAUUUCAAUUUCAUGCAAAUGCUGCACAAAUUUCAUUUUUUUUCAUUUGUGUCCAAAAUUGUAAUGGAGACAUGGUUUUAGGAAACGAUCUCCUCUACAAGUAUAAAAAUUUGGUGGUAAAAAAUGUACCUUUUUUUUUUUU